AUGAAAGGAAGAAGUGCGAUUCGGGGAUGUAGUGGGAAGAAGAAGAAGGUGAGUGGGUUAAUGUCGCUGCCAGAUGAUGUGUUUGUGGACUGCCUGGCUCAGUUGUCGCGAUUGGACCUCGUGGCCUUAUCUAUGGUCUCCAGGAGACACCGAUCCAAACCCACGGUGGUUCGUCUUCCACCCCGUGCAACGUCGGCUGAAACGGAUCCAUCCGAGCUUGUGUCCUGCUGCUCCACUAGAAGGAUCCUGUUUCGUGAGGACGGAAUCGGGGAUCUAUACUAUCGGUGGACUCGUGGACGGCAAACCCACAUCGGAAGUCACGUUUUUGGAUUGUAUCGAUCACACAGUGCACCGAGUUGCGCCCAUGAAGAUGGGGAGAAUAAAAAGAUAUAUGUGUUUGGAGGGUGCUGGGAUGCUGCUGAUUCCUCCUCAAACUCAAACUGGGUAGAGGUAUAUGAUAUCGAUACGGAAACUUGGGAGUUGUUGUCUGUGUCUAUCCCCAAGAUGCCCCUCAAAAUCAAAGAAAUUAUGGUGAUCGAUGAGAAGCAUGUCUACACGGUUGAUGAGGAUGGUGAAAUCUUCUUUUUCUUAACUAGUGAAUGUAAGUUUUGGACAGCCGGAGAAAAAGAAUCUGACCCGGAAAAUAAAAACGAUUGGCGUUUGUUUGAUCAGACAUUUUUCUGCCGUGGUGUCGGCGGGAGAAUACUGUGGCGUUCUCUAUCUUACUUGGAUUGGAAGGAAGUCAAAGGUUUGGAAGAGCUGCAGCAGAAACACAUCAUCACAAUCUGCGGCUUCUCUGUUGAGAGGAUGGCCAUCUUCUGGUCCCAAGGUCCUGCUUAUCAGACUUUGGAGCUUUGGUUUGCUGAGAUUAAGAUAACAUUAUACUGCAAACAUGUUAUUUGA